GUCCUCCCAGCGCCACGCCCUUACCAGCCCCCACCCAUCCUCUAAGACUGACCCACACAAUGAAGAUCUCCAUCAGCCUUAUCGCGACUCUGGCAAACACAGCAUCAGCCGUUCUCGUAACGUACUACCAAAUCCAGCCCGCAGGCACCACCGACACGCUGCAUGCAACCGGAGAACUCCGCUUCUACCAAGCCAACGACUACCUCAACGUGUGGGCCAUCAGCGCUGCCGACGGCGGCGCCAUAAUCAAGAACGCCUUUACCAAUAUCAAUCCUUAUGUCAGUUGCGAUGACACAGCGUGCCAGUCUGUCGCCCAGCAGCCGACACCCUUCACGUUCGAGGACGCCGGCGCGGGAGCAUUCAGGGUCCGCAACCCUGCGGAUGGACUGGUCUGGAUCGCCGCCGACUCCACCAUCAAACCUGCCCCGGUCGAUGGCAGUCCGGCGCAGAAGUUUGUGUUUCAGCCGGUGCAGAUGACGCUGCCUUCUUAGUAAAUGGGAUGGUGCGUACUGUAUGGGUGGUGCGUUGGACCUAUCACAUUAUAGGGGUCAAGUUGAGUUGAUGACGGGGAAAAGCGUUGCAUGAAUAAAUACGUCGAAAAAAAAGAAAAAAGAGAGAAAGGGCAUUGGGUGUUUUCCAUGUUUUUGAGGAGCUUUGGUGGUUAUCACUGAGCAGAUUGAUAGUUUUACGAGCCUUGCA